AUGCCUUCCCCAGGCUGGCAUUCACCACUUCUGCUCUAUACUACAACCCUCUCGCCCUAUGGAAGGAAGGCAUCCGUUUUGCUUGAGGAUCUCAAGGCAGCAUACAGAAAUUUUGACUACGAUGUGAAUCAGAUUAACAAUUCCAAAAAUGAGCAGAAGGAACCGUGGUACCUCAAGCUGAACCCUAGCGGAGUUGUACCCACGCUAGUCGACCGAGAACGCGGGGACUUUCCCAUAUUCGAGUCUGCUGCGAUUCUGCUCUACCUUGAGCAGCAUUACGACCCAGAGAACAAAUUCACCUUCGAUCCAGUGACGCAGCCCAAUGACUACAGCGAGAUGCUGCAGUGGGUAUGUUUUGCUCAUGGAGGAAUUGGGCCUAUGCAAGCACAAGCGGCUUAUUAUUACAUGUUUGCAACAGAAGACGUACCCUAUGCGAAGAAGCGCUACGUCGACGAAACGAAGCGUCUCUAUGGCGUUCUUGACAUCCGUCUUACUGACCGUGACUGGCUGGCUGGCCCUGGCCGCGGAAUAUACAGCAUCGCGGAUAUAAAUGCAUUCACUUGGGUCAACUUUCAUGCCGCCACCGGGAUUGAAACACUCGACGAGUGGGGACACGUUAAGGCGUGGAGUGCGCGAAUGCUCGAUCGACCAGGGGUUAAGGCAGGAUUCGCGAUGUCUUAG